AUGAAGCUCUCGGUAAUUGUGGUGUCUACUAUCAUUUAUUUUGCAAUCAUCUGUGUCGUUAGCGCAUCGCCCCAGAUUACCGUCAUCGCUCACAUGACCAACACACCGAACGCUAUUCGCUGGGCUCUGGAACAAGGCGCCAACGGAAUCAAAACGGAUCUGAAGUUUGACGGCACUCGUCCCGUCCAGUUCCACCACGGGGCUCAUUGUGACUGCUUUUGUUUGCUACAGUUUUUAUCAAUUCAAGAUCACGGAUGCAGAUCACUAGGCAAAGGCUGUUCCGGCUCCACCAGUGUUGCAGAAAUGACGCACGUCCUGGGCAGCCCCGAGAUAACAUCCUCCCAUCUGGCACUCAUCUACAUCGACGUCAAACUGGAAAAAUCCAUCCGAAAUUACGCCCAAGCUGGAGCCAACGUAGUGCGGAUGAUCAACGAGAAUGUCAUUUCACGGGGUUAUCGCGGUCAAAUUCUUCUGGGUUGCUCGACUAUUUCACGAGUUGAUUACCUGCGCGGGGCUUUACAGGAAGCACAACAUUCCGAAUACGUCGAUCGCUAA